GGAGCGGUGGAACUGGUGGAGCUGGCGGAGGCGCGGCCGAGACCCUCCGGCAGCGCCGCUGUGUGGGCCCAUAGCUGUGAGAGACGUUCCCGGUCCGGGUCCGGUGCGCCUUCGGUGGCCCCGUGCGGGCAGCGUUGCCGCGUAAAAAGGAAGAGCUGAGGAGAAAACAAACUAUGAAAGUAUUGGUUGUUGGCCUUGGGGGUGUAACAAACGGAGGAAAAACAACACUAGCAGGAAAACUUAAGAAUAUGCUUCCCAACUGUGAUAUAAUCUCUCAAGACGACUUCUUUAAGCCAGAGUCUGAAGUAGAAACAGAUGAACGUGGAUUUAAGCUAUAUGAUGUACUUGAUGCCCUCUAUAUGGAUGAAAUGGUGACAAGUAUUCGCAAUUGGAUGAAAAGCCCAGCAAGCUCAGGUUUUGUGACAGAAGAGCCAGAGAAUACAUGUGACAAUCUGAAAAAUGUUUAUAUUUUGAUUGUUGAAGGCUUUCUCCUUUACAAUUAUGAGCCACUUAAUGAACUAUGGAAUAGAAGAUAUUUUUUGACCCUUCCUUAUGAAGAGUGCAAAAGGAGAAGGAGCACCAGAGUCUAUCAGCCAGCAGAUACACCAGGGUACUUCGAUGGACACGUGUGGCCUAUGUAUUUGAAAUAUAAAAAUGAAUUGGAACAGAAUGCAAGUAUGCAAGUUGAUUAUUUGGAUGGAACAAAAUCCCAAGAGGAGCUUUUAUCCUAUGUGUAUAGUGAUAUAAUACAGGAAUUAAACAAGCUGAGGGAAGAAAAUCAGCAGAUCACAUCAUGACAAUGUAGAAAGCCUGGGUUCCAUUUGAUAUGAGUUGAAAACACCAAGACUGUCACACAUGGCAAGCCAACCAACUGAGCAAAUGCUGUGUCUGUGACCAUAAUGCUACUUCAUAUAACACCAGAGAUUUUGUAAGUAAUUAUUAACUCUCUCUUGGGUAUGGAGACAGAGACUCCAUUUAGGAGUAUAACCAGUGCGUUCUUUAAAUUUCCUUUAAUCAAUCCUGCCUUGGCUGAGCUUUAAAUUUGAUUGAAUGUGUAUAUUUUAAAGAACAUGAAGAUUUUGUGCAUAAAACUAAACCAUAAAGAUGAACUUCUGUUGGUUUAAUAAGCAUAUUUGAACAUGGAUGAUUGCAAUUUGAAAUGAUCAUAUAGGAAUGACAGUCAUUGUCUCUAAUAUUCUUAGGAGCUUAUUAUCACUGAUAAACAUGCUCAAGAGAAACUAGCUGUGUAAUUUACGUAAGUUUAUGUAAGUUGUUAUGCUGCUUAUUCAGUAACUGAAUACAUCACAGCUAAGCAACACCUCUAGUGUUUGCACUGUAAUUUUUGUGUUGUGUAGUCUUUAGAUUAGUUGGGAAUAGGUGUUAAAAAAAUGAAAACAAACCUGAAGAGGACACAGAUUGUUGGAAAAAGGUGGGGAAAUAAGAUGUAGAGAAUGGAGAUGCAUCAUUAACAAGAUAUGGUACAUAUGUUGUGCAGAGAUUGAAUAGGAUGGCACAGACCACUAGAUAAUAAAUCCAUGAUUCAGGGAGGAAGAAGGAAGAAAUAAUUGUUACUAAUAUUUGUAACUCACAUUAAAAGUGAAAUGAAACUGAAAUGUUGUGAAUGGAAUGUUCAGAAAGCAGGAAUGCCAGACAAAUGUGAGAGCUUUGUUAUAGAAUUUGUGUAUGUAUAUUUAUGCAAACUAGGAAAUUGCAUCAUAUUUUGUUGCUGAAUAAGUAAUAUCUUAACUCUUAUAUUUUCUAGACAAUAGGUUACAUUUUUAUGAACCAGAAUAAAAAUAAAACUAUAGACAUGGAAAGGAAAGGAUGGAUAUUAUUUCUUGAUAUGUGACAGCUGAACUGGUCAGUGAUUGAAAUGUAGUACUUUAUAGUAAAAGUCCUAAAUCUAUGUAUAAGAAAAAGAUGUUAUCAGAUUACAGCUGUGUUUAGCUGUGUUUAAAACAAAGUGCUUCAAAAUAUAAUUUUGUAUUAUUAUUUUGCACUAAAAAUUCUUCAUCUUACAUUUGCUCAUGUGCUGUGAUGGACUGUCUGAUUUUAAACUGAAUUUUUGUUUUUAUUUCCCUUUGGAAAGGGUACAAUUGCAAGAGAUUAGCUAAUGUAUGGAAUGGUUGUGGUGGGCUGAUCUUGUCUAGCCACCAAAACUGCUCUUUUAUUUGCCCGUCUUCAACAGAAGGGGAAAAAAAUGCAAUGGAUUUGUAUCUUGACUUAUGCAUGGAGAUAAGGAGAGGAAGAUCAUUCAGGAGUUACUUACAUGCAGUCCAAACAGACGUGGUUUUGGGAAAUUAUUUGAAUUUACUGACAAUAAAAUCAGAAAUAAUGAGAAUUAAGAACAAA